CUAUUAGUGCCUGUUUUUGUUUACUUUUUGGUCUACCGUUUUUGGUGCUGUUUUCUGCAGUCUAGGCUUGCAGAGAUAUUCUUCCUUGAUUUGCACAUGUUAAGAUGUCAGCAGCAAGCUGCCAAGAGAAUACCAUCUGGGGAAGUGGGCGGUAGCUGGGAUUCGCCGCCUCGCCUCGCCUCGCGAAUCCAAUGGCCAUGACCCAGUCCUUCUCUCGCUGCCCACCCCCGUCCACCUUCCUUCCCUCGCCGGCGGUCGCCUCUCCCUGCUCCCCGUCCUCAUCCUCCUGGUCUCCCUCCAGGCAUGGACCGCAUCGCCGCCGCCCCCCCGCGGCCGCGUCUUCCCUCCACCUCGGACCGGAGGACGUCGCCGAGCUCGCCCGCAACAAGGUUUUGAUUGCGGCGACGGUGGCAAGCGCGAUCGGGCAGCUGUCGAAGCCAUUCACUUCCGGCAGGGAUGGGGGCGGCCUCGACAUCAUCAAGACGGCUGUUCGGUCCGGCGGGAUGCCCUCCACCCACUCCGCGGCGGUUGUGGCAGUGACUACCUCCCUUGGGCUAGAAAGGGGUUUUGCAGACUCCAUAUUUGGGAUGUCGGUGGUGUUUGCAGCGAUUGUAAUGUAUGAUGCUCAGGGAGUGAGAAGAGAAGUAGGCAAGCAUGCAAGGCUUUUGAACAAGUUAUGGACCCUAAAGGAGUUGAGAGCUCAAGAUCUGCAGGACUCUACCUCUGAACUCCACCCCUCAAACAGCGAGAUUGCUGCCGAGCUUGUUUCCAUUCCCGAGGAUGCAUCAACAUCGCAAAGUUCAAACACGACCCCCUUCUCGAGGCACAAUGCUGCCACCAACUCGUCGAGAUCGAACGCGCUCGGAAGCUCGGAGCCAGAGCUAGCCGAAUUGAAAGAGGAGUAUAACCGGUUAAACGAGUCCGUCGGCCACACGGAGGCGCAGGUGGCCGUCGGUGCCUUGUUGGGUUUUGUUGUAAGCUUAGCCGUACACGCGACACUGUAACAAUUGCCAAUUUUCCUUUGCAGUCUUGGUUACACGCCUGAUUGAAUUUCUAGGCAGAAAAAAUGACAACACAAGUGACUUAUUUCUACCACGAUUAAACAUGUUUCAUAUCAUUUGACUUUGAA